ACAGUGCGUUGAAUUGAGAUCCCAGGCUCCAGGAACCCUGAAUCGACACAUCUUGACGUCUUGGACUCCGAUCCUUGCGACUGUGCAAACCUGCUAGACCAAGGAUCCACACGCCCGUCAUCCAAAGGUGGGACGUCGUCGCAUGCUUAGCACAAAGCAUGAGGAGCAUGCACGAGAGAUGUCUCACUACGAUCGGCACGAAAGCAGUCAACGCGUGAAUUGUUGCGGACUCACGGCCCCCGAUACCUUAUACAAGGCAUCAGCGCUGGAGUUUGCUUCACGGACGAUAACGUAUAGCGAUUCAGGGUGUCGUCGACGCCUUGAGGCACAUGGAUGGCAUUCUCCUCAACAUGAAGCGGCGCCCUCGCCCGCCAUCAUCGUCGCCGUCGCAUCCCCCACCACGGUGCAACGGGUCACCCUCGCAAACUACAUGUUGAACAUUAUCAAUAUAAUAUUAUAAAGGUUCCUUGGAUCACCAA